AUGAUGAUUGCAUGGACGCAGGAAGGGGCGAAUAAAAAGGAAAGUAGCAAGCACGCGCAGUCAGCUCUCCUUCCAUAUGGGCCCGCACAAAUUGAACACUCACAAAUGGGCGCUUUGCAUGUGAUAUAUAUGCGACCUAUAGCGGUUGAAGAAGAUAUGUUCAUCUUUGGAAGUAGAAGAACAAAAGAAGAUUUUAAAGAGACCUGGAAAACUGUGGAGGAACUACGCAAAAGAAACGAAGAGGUGUGGAGUCGCCAUCCGAAUUUCGUUGCUCUGGAAAUGCAACCCAAUGACAAUUUCCGAAAACGAGUGCGAUCGGCGUGCGCUAUUCUGGCCCAGAUGCUCGAUGAACAACUCGAGAACCGCAGGCUCGAGUUCAAGCUUAGAACGCGGGUAAUUUAUCACGGUAUGUAG